GCUGGUCAUCAGUCGUCUUUCGGCUACAAGACGCGAGAGAACAGGAGCAGGAUAGGAAGUUCUUCCGCAUCAUCUUCUGCUUCUAGUGGAGGAGGCAGAUCCAGAAGCUCCAGUAAGGACACAACUUCUGUAGAUUUUGUCGCCAAUCAUGGCCGCGCGGAUGUGGUUCUCCCUACAUGCCCGAUGAAGGACGGAACGGAACUUGCUUUGGUUCCCGUAGAAAGCACCUCCGUGACGACCGCUGCAAGAAACGUGUGUGCGG